UGCUCCUCAGGCCAGGGGAGUAAGAAGCUCUCCCAGCGCCCGGGAUCCCCUCAUAGACAGACAUCGAGCGCAGACACAAGAAGGCUCCGACCACGGUCCUGCGCUGCCCGUGGCGGCCCGCGCCGCCCCUCCUCCUCGCGCGUCCCCCCGUCCAGGCGCGGUGGUAGGGCCCGGCGGCGGCGUCAUCCAUUGUUUACAAAUCAACCCGAGCCGGUAGGAUUCCGGCUCCCGCGGCUGCAGGCGCGCGGCUGGGUUUCCAGGGGGGCUGCGGCUUCCUCGUCCGCCAGGACCCGGCUUCAGCCUCAUCCGCGCUCGGCUCCGCCGCGGCCCACCAAGUCCCGGAGACAGCCGAGUCGCCAGCGAAGCCCGCGGAGCUCCGGUUGCCCGCGCGGAGGGCCAUGCCGUGCCGGAGGGAGGAGGAAGAGGAAGCCGGCGAGGAAGCGGAGGAAGAGGAGGAGGAGGAGGAGGAGGACAGCUUCCUCCUGCUGGAACAGUCGGUGACGCUGGGCAGCUCGGGCGAGGUGGACCGGCUGGUGGCCCAGAUCGGCGAGACGCUUCAGCUGGACGCGGCUCAGGACCGCCCAGCCUCCCCGUGCGCGCCCCCGGGGCCAUCGCUGCAGACCUCGCGGCCCCCGGCGGCAGUGCGGGAGGACAGGGCCCGGGCUCCGGCGCUGCCGCUGCUUCUGCCGCCCGAAGCCGGGGGCCCGGCCUCCCCGGGAGCCUUGCGCUGCACUCUCGGGGACCGCGGCCGCGUGCGGAGCCGGGCUGCGCCCUAUUUUGUGGCCGAGCUCGCCGCAGGCCCCAGCGCGCUGCCGGGUCCGUGCCGGCGAGGAUGGCUGCGGGGCGCUGUCGCCUCCCGCCGCCUGCAACAGCGCCGAUGGCCUCCAGCCGGGGCGCGCGCCAGCGACGACGACCCGCACCGGCUCCUGCAGCAGCUGGUGCUCUCGGGGAACCUCAUCAAGGAAGCCGUGCGGAGGCUCCAGCGAGCCGUCGCCGCGGUUGCAGCCACAGGCCCCGCGGGCGCCCCUGGGCCCGGCGCCAGGCUCAGGGGACCGGACCCGGUUGCCCUGCAGCCCUCCGGCGGCUUGCACUGACCCGGGGCCCCUCGAGGAGGAAGAGGAGGCUGCUGCACAGACCCAACAGCGUCCUACCUUCACCAACCCUGAGUUGAAGCCGCCGUCGCCUUUCUGGGAGCGACCGCCUAGGCUGCGGGGAGGCGCGUUGGGAGAGACCUCAAGCC